AUGUAUCCACAAACAUACUUUCCUCACUCAGCAGGAAAAGAAGAGCUCGAGGCCCUCACACUGUCUGUGGGGCUGACGCUGCGUGGCUUGCUGGGCGGCAGCAGCAGCGAAGAGGAGAGAAGAGGGGGGGGGAGAAACAUAAGAGAAGAAGAGGAGGAGGAGGAGGAGGAUGCAGCAGCACACUCAUUGGCUGUGUUCGAUGAAACUUUGGGGCUGAGACGGGAUGGUUGGUCUCUUAUGCGGCCUUUAGAGGAUGUAAUAAACAGCAGCAGCAGGGGAGAGGGAGAUACAGAGGAGGGAGAGAGAAGAGAUGAUGCUCUCUCUGCUUCGGCUCUAGGCGAUGAAGGGCUCAGCACAGCAGACGCCUCACCCUCACCCUCAGCCUCACGCACAGUAGACCCAGUCGAAGCAUUUGCUUCGCUCCAGCAGCCACACAUGGACCUACCAGGACCCUCCCUGCAGCAGCAGCAGCAGCAGCAGCAGCAGCAGCAGCGAGAGGGGGUUGCAGGGGAGGAAGCAGAUGCUGCAGCAGAUGCAGAGGCAGCUGAGGCAGCGGCUGCAGCAACUGAAGGUUCCUUCAUUCCCUCGUCUGGUGAGGGAGAGUUUGAUGCCGUUGCAGCUAAAGAGCAGCAACAAGGCAGCAGCAGCAACACUGCUGCUGCGACACAUGAUGGUGCAGCAGAACCUCUUAUAGAGAAAAUACGCCAAGAGUUCGAGCAGCAGGCGAGGCAGCAACGACUCCUCCUGCGCCGCAUGGCCGCUCAACAGAAGCAGCAGAGCCGCAUGCAAGAGCAGCAAGCGAAACUGCUCAUGCAGCAGCAGCAGCAGCAGCACCAGCAGCAGGUGCAGCAACAGGCACGCGAACAGCAGGAUGACGUUGCGGCCCCGCUGCUGCCCCCCUAUGAGAGCGACGCCCAUGAAGCUUCCACCCUCCACAAGCAGCAGAGUUCAGAAGGCCCCUCCUCCUCUGGCUCUGCUGUGCGUGCUGAGGAGCAGCAGCAGCAGCAGCAAGCAUCAGAGUCCUCAUCUGUGGUGUUUCCUGGUAUUAAUGCAGCCCACGAAAGCGAUACUGCAACCCGGCGUCUGCUGCUGCAGCAGCAGCUGUUGCAGCAACACCAGCAGCAGCGGCAGCAGAGUCUUCGUGGCUAUGGUGACUUUGUGUAUAACUCUACGACGCAGCAGGAAAGCGAGCAUGCGAAGCUGAGACAGAUGCUAGAAGAACAAUAUGGACCUUUAUUCCUUAAUAUUGCUGGGCUACUCCUCAGGGAUUCCACUCUACACGACCUCAUCACCGUCGCUGAGUGGCACUUGAACCCCGAAACCCACAAAAAUUUAUGCAAAGAACGAAGGUUUUCGCUGUUUGUGCGGACUGGUGAUCCAGGGCGAUACCGCCUGAUGAUAACUCCAGUAGAGUCCUCUCAUCGUCAUGCUAUUGACCAAAUGAUUCCUGACUGUGUUGGCCUGCAGCGGCUCGUUCAGUGCCAGCAGCUGGCAGCUGCAACAGAAGCAGAUACAGCAGAUGCAGCAGUUUUAAGAGAAGAUGCAGCAGUAGACACUCCUGUGAGCCCUCUCUCCCCAGAACCCUCAGAGGAAACUGAAGAAUCAGGGUCCCCGCAACGUUUCAUUGGAGCUGCCAUCGAUGCACUAACCGGCAACGCAUUCUCUCUGGAUCCCGUUGAGAUGCAUGGAGGGUUCUUCUCUCAAGAACCAGAACCACUUUCUGAUGCUGCUGUUGAAAAACUACCUAUUGAUGAUGAGAAGUUCGACUUCAUCAUCGUUGGCGGGGGGGCUGCUGGCUGCGCCGCCGCUGACAUCCUCUCCCAAUCUGGGAAAAAGGUUCUUCUUCUGGAGCGUGGGAUGCAGAGAACCAGGUUCACAGCACCAAACGCAAUGAGCGCCAGAGGCGCAGGAAUCGGCCUUGCCGACGCGACUAUUUCUCAGCCUGUCGGUACAGUGCAAGGUGUUCGUACAUUCUCUGGGGCCGUAAUGGGUGGUGGCAGUGCUGUGAAUUUGGGUAUAGUGAUUGGCGAGACAGAGGAUUACUUCAAGGAGAUGUCGCGUCAGUUUCCUGGAUAUAACAUCCAGUAUGACAGGUUGAAAAGGGCCUACGAGUACGUUGGGUGGAAGGUUGCGAGGGCUAUGCCCGUUCUCCCCCCCUUCGGCAAUGCGUACAGCGACGCACUGACAGCGACAGGAUACAGGUACUGGGGGGGCGGCAGCUAUCCCCAACCCAGUUUGUUUGUACAACCAGGUUAUCAGUGGGUGGGAUACUCGCUCUUUGAUGCGGGAAACAACUUUCAGAGAAACGCCUCUGAUGCACUCCUUGAGAAGACGCCAAACCUCCUCAUCAAGACGCGUCACACCGCUAGGAAAGUGACCUUCAUCGAUACACCCCAAGGAAAGACAGCAAACUGCGUCGUCUAUAGACCCACCAAGUACCAGGACAUCCGACCUAUUGGGGACUUGUGGAGUCUUUUCCCUUCUUCUGCUGCAGACUGGGCGCCGUGGGUUGGUUCCUUCUUAGAGCCAACUUCUGUGCUGACAGCUGCUGGAGUCGAUAAACCCAAGUCCAACUACCGUCGCGUUUGCCUCGCGAACCCUGGGAAGGGUCGCAUUGUCCUCAGCGCUGGAGCUGUGCACACACCCCUUAUCCUCUACCGAUCAGGCAUCGGCCCAGCGAUUCAGCUCAGCUUGUUGAAGGUACCGCAGGUUCUAGAGAACCCCGCCGUUGGAUCCGCGUUCUCUGAUAGAGUCUUCCUCUCUAUUCCUGGCUUUCUGAAACACUACACCGACUCCAUUCCCCUGAUUAACCCCGUCAGGUCUUUGAGGCGUCUGGCAGCCAACGAGGAUGCUGGGUCCCAGAAUGUGACGAAACUGCGUUUGCUUUCGCGUCCUUCUUACGAGCCAAUUUUGUCUCAAGAGCAGCUUGAGAAAGCGAUUACACCCGAAGUGCGGGAGGCGGUUGAGAAGAUUCUCAACCAGAGCAUGCCAGUAGAAGUCAUAACCAUCGACGAAGACGAUGACCCUUCUUUCCGAACGGGAUUCGAUCCGCCUGUGCUCUUCCCUGAUAACCUCAUGUUCCCCGGGCCGCUGCACUAUCUUGCACCCGCUCUUCAGCCUCGUGUCUGCCAGUUCAUGGGUCUGAGGUACAUGGGUCCUCACUGCAAAGGACCAAGGAUCAACGAACGCAACCUUGGGUGUUCUCUUGUAACAAUGGAGGAACUCUCUGGUGACCGACUCGCUGAAGGGUUUAUCUAUGCUUCUCGGUACAUGUUUCCCACCGCGUUCCGCAAGGAUCCUAUCCUGGACGCUAUGACUGAGAUUCUGCAGGGGUGUUCCAACUACCGGGCUCCCUUCGGGCUUGUUCUUUUGAAGCCUCUUUGUGUGAUCUUCUGCAGGGGUGUUCCAACUACCGGGCUCCCUUCGGGCUUGUUCUUUUGA